AAGUAAACGCUAAUAUACGUUAGAACAGUAACAGGCGUCAGUCUGGUGUUAAGCUAAUAUUGUCGUUUAUUAUACGGAAAAGUUGUUAAAAGUAUAAAAGCUCGCUGUCUACUUAAGAUUUUCAUUAGUAGUCGCAAAUCAUUUGCCAAAAUACCCAAGAUACACUCAGAGACAUUAUUUAUUUUGCUUAAGAAAGCUAUUAAAAUAACGAAAAUGUUCAAAUUCUUGUUGGCUUUGUCUAUUCUCGCCGUAGCUUACGCUACUCCAGGGGUUCCCGUUGGUCAUGCUGUGCACGCUGUUCCUGCUGUACCCGUUGUCGCGGCUCAUGCCCCGGUUCUAGCAGCUCAUGCAGCUCCAGCGGUAGUUCAUCAAGGCCUGCAUUCGGUGCAUUCGCAUGUGGUUCAUCAUCCUGCUCCAGCCGUUAAAGCGGUAGUUGCCCCGGUUGUCGCUAAAUCAGUUGUACCUGUUGUGCCCGUACAUCAUGCUGGACCGGCUCUUGUUGCCGCCCAUCAUUAAAUAGAAUAUUUUUGUUUUAUUUUGUUUUUUUGUUUUUUUACCUUUUUCCUCAAUUUUUACUCUGUUAUGCCCUUUUCCGUUCCAAGAAUAAAAAAGUUAAUAGAUAAAGCGCGCUUUACCUAAAUACCUGACAUUAUGUUGCCUUUCAAU